AUGUCAAAGGAAUCAGGAGCAGAAUCAUCCCAAGUGGCCCAUGUCCGUGAUCCUUCGAGCGUCGCGUCACCUCGUCGCAAAUCGUCGCGUAGAGAGAAAUCUCAGAGAUCGCAGAAACCCACGACUUUCAACCAUCCCAUUCUUGAUGACACGAGUAUGAAUACAGCCGAGAUAUUAGUCCUGGUAACCAUCGCCGUCGGCUCCGUGAUAAUCUACCUCGCCAUCUUCCCACCAGAAGAGGAGAAAGAACAACUCUCCACCUCCAUCUUCAACCGUCCCGAAGAACCAAUUCCGGAACCCUCAGUGACGAAAGAUGGGAAGAAGUACUCGACCGUGUGGCCGAAUGUGCCUGAGAAACAUAGGAAAUGCGAGGAUGGCGGGAGACAUUCGGGGAGUUUGGAGGUUGUGACUUGGGAGACGCCGGAGCAAGGUUUGGGAUGGGGUGCGACUGAGGCGGAUGAGUCGCCGUCUUUGAAGGCCGAAUUCGAGGAGGAAAUGAAGUGCAAUUUUGAAAAAUUCUACGAGGCGUGGCCGAUGGGAUUUCGUUGGACGUGUUGUGGAAAUCCUGGAGACUAUAAAUGGGGUUGUGAUCACCAUUUUUAUCCUGGUUGCAGAUGUGAUAAUUGUCGAUUUGGAUAUAGAUUGCCAGCUGGUUUUUUGGAUGAGCGAAACAAGAGCCCGCAUGCCAAAGGGUUAAGUCUCGGGCAGGGAAAUGUACAUGGACAACAAAUAAAUUAG